AACUGCAAAAAUAAAUAGUAAAAGAGAAAAGAAAAGGCAAAAAGGAAAAAUAAUCGGAGGAGAAGAGGGAGGGGCAGGGGAAGGGAUUUUAAUUCGUUUUUCUCUCUGCUUCAUCGACCGUACUUACACUUGCUUCUUUAUGAACGGAAAGAAACUUCUAGAUUCCAUAUUUUUUUGUUGAGAAAAAAAUCGAAGAAAGAAUUUUGGACUGGUGAGAAAGAUGAGUGGUGGAUGGGAAAGGCUUAGGGGAUCCAGAUCGAGAACGACUCGCGACUCCAGCUUUCACACUCCGGCGCCGUCUCGUACUGUAACACUCGGCCGAGUCCAGCCUCAGGCCCCUGGUCACCGCACCAUCUACUGCAAUGAUCGCGACGCCAAUCUCCCUGUCAGAUUCAAGGGAAACUCAAUAUCAACUACCAAGUACAACUUCUUUACAUUUGUACCCAAAGGAUUGUUUGAACAGUUCAGGCGGGUGGCUAAUUGUUAUUUUCUAUUGAUCUCGAUCUUAUCAAUGACACCAAUCAGUCCUGUUAAUCCAGUGACAAAUGUCGUUCCUCUGAGCUUGGUGCUGCUUGUCUCUCUCAUUAAGGAGGCAUUUGAGGACUGGAAGCGUUUUCAGAAUGAUAUGGUAAUUAACAACAGUCUUAUAGACGUGUUGCAAGAUGAUAAGUGGGUGGCUGUACCAUGGAAGAAGUUGCAGGUUGGAGAUAUUGUCAGGGUUAAGAAGGAUGGAUUCUUUCCUGCGGAUCUGCUUUUCCUAGCAAGUACAAAUGCAGAUGGUGUCUGCUACACCGAGACUGCAAAUUUGGACGGGGAAACAAAUUUGAAGAUCAGAAAGGCACUGGAAAGGACGUGGGAUUACUUGAAUCCUGAUAAAGCUGCUGAAUUUAAAGGUGAGAUGCAGUGUGAGCAACCAAACAAUUCAUUAUACACUUUCACUGGGAAUCUCAUAUUCCAAAAGCAAACGUUGCCUCUCACUCCAAACCAAAUUCUUUUAAGAGGAUGUAGUCUUAGGAACACAGAGUACAUUGUUGGUGCUGUUAUUUUUACAGGUCAUGAAACAAAGGUCAUGAUGAAUUCCAUGAAUGUUCCUUCCAAGAGGAGUACUUUGGAGAGGAAACUUGACAAACUUAUACUUGCUCUCUUUGCAACGCUUUUCAUUAUGUGCCUCAUCGGAGCUAUUGGGAGUGGCAUAUUCAUAAACCGCAAGUAUUACUAUCUACGUCUGGAUAAAGCCGUGGCUGCAGAGUUUAACCCUGGCAACCGAUUUGUGGUUGCAGCUCUAACUUUGUUUACCCUAAUCACUUUAUACUCGACAAUAAUUCCCAUCUCUUUAUAUGUUUCUAUUGAGAUGAUUAAAUUUAUUCAGUCCACUCAAUUUAUCAAUAAAGACCUACAUAUGUACCACGCUGAAACUAACACCCCUGCAUCGGCUAGGACUUCCAAUUUGAAUGAGGAACUUGGACAGGUUGAAUAUAUCUUUUCUGAUAAAACUGGAACUUUAACAAGAAAUUUAAUGGAGUUCUUUAAGUGUUCAAUCGGAGGAGAGGUUUAUGGUUCUGGUGUCACUGAAAUAGAGCUGGGAGGAGCACAACGGACUGGGAUUAAAUUUCAAGAAGUGCGGAAAUCAUCCACUGCAAUUCAGGAGAAGGGGUUUAAUUUUGAUGAUCAUAGGCUUAUGCGAGGAGCCUGGAGGAAUGAACCCAACUCUGAUACAUGCAAGGAAUUUUUCAGAUGCCUUGCUAUAUGUCACACUGUUCUUCCUGAAGGAGAUGAGUCCCCAGAGAAAAUCACAUAUCAGGCUGCAUCCCCUGAUGAGGCUGCUUUAGUUACUGCUGCAAAGAACUUUGGUUUUUUCUUCUACAGGCGCACCCCUACUAUGAUACAUGUUCGUGAAUCUCAUGUGGAGAAGAUGGGUAAAAUCCAAGAUGUGGCUUAUGAAAUUCUGAAUGUUCUUGAGUUCAAUAGCACAAGGAAGCGCCAGUCCGUUGUUUGUCGAUAUCCUAACGGUAGACUUGUACUAUACUGCAAGGGUGCUGAUACUGUAAUUUAUGAGAGAUUGGCUGCCGGAAAUGAUGAUCUAAAGAUAGUAACUAGGGCACAUUUGGAACAGUUUGGGUCUGCUGGAUUACGUACCCUUUGCCUUGCGUAUCGGGACUUAAGUCCUGAAACAUAUGAAAGCUGGAAUGAGAAGUUUAUCCAAGCUAAAUCUUCUCUCAGAGAUCGCGAGAAGAAAUUAGAUGAGGUGGCAGAACUUGUGGAAAAGGAUCUUAUUUUGAUUGGAAGCACUGCUAUAGAAGACAAGCUUCAAGAAGGAGUACCAGCUUGCAUUGAAACUCUUUCUAGAGCUGGGAUUAAGGUUUGGGUGUUAACUGGGGACAAGAUGGAAACAGCAAUAAAUAUAGCUUAUGCAUGCAACUUGAUUAACAAUGAUAUGAAACAGUUCAUUAUCAGUUCGGAAACUGACGCAAUUAGAGAAGUUGAAAACAGGGGUGACCAAGUGGAAAUUGCACGCUUUAUAAAGGAAGAAGUAAAAAAAGAACUAAAGAAGUGCCUUGAGGAAGCACAGCACUAUUUACGCACUGUAUCUGGACCAAAAUUGGCACUUGUUAUAGAUGGGAAGUGUUUGAUGUAUGCAUUGGACCCAACUUUACGAGUAAUGUUGCUGAAUUUGAGCUUGAAUUGUCACUCAGUUGUUUGCUGCCGCGUUUCUCCUUUACAGAAAGCACAGGUGACUAGUUUGGUAAAGAAGGGCGCACGUAAAAUAACACUCAGUAUAGGUGAUGGUGCCAAUGAUGUAAGCAUGAUUCAAGCUGCACAUAUUGGUAUUGGAAUAAGUGGGCUGGAAGGGAUGCAAGCAGUGAUGGCCAGUGAUUUUGCAAUUGCUCAGUUUCGCUUUCUUACAGAUUUACUUCUUGUGCAUGGACGGUGGUCAUAUCUUAGAAUCUGCAAGGUCAUCACAUACUUCUUUUACAAGAAUCUUACAUUCACUUUGACACAAUUUUGGUUCACUUUUCAAACUGGUUUUUCUGGUCAAAGAUUCUACGAUGAUUGGUUCCAGUCAUUGUAUAAUGUCAUAUUCACAGCCCUGCCGGUGAUCAUUGUUGGGCUUUUUGAUAAGGAUGUCAGUGCAUCCCUUUCUAAGAAGUACCCUGAACUGUACAAGGAGGGAAUAAGAAAUGUCUUUUUCAAGUGGAGAGUUGUGAUCACAUGGGCUUGCUUUUCUGUGUAUCAAUCGCUUGUCUUCUAUCACUUUGUGACCAUCUCCAGUGCCAGUGGUAAAAAUUCAUCAGGCAAGAUUUUUGGUCUAUGGGAUAUCAGCACGAUGGCCUUCACUUGUGUUGUAAUCACUGUCAACUUGCGUCUCCUGAUGAUAUGUAAUUCAAUUACAAGGUGGCAUUAUAUUAGUGUUGGAGGGAGCAUUUUGGCAUGGUUCAUGUUCAUUUUUGUAUAUUCAGUUUUACGGGAAAAUGUUUUUUUCGUCAUAUAUGUGUUGAUGAGUACAAUCUAUUUCUACCUCACGGUUCUUCUCGUUCCUAUCGUUGCGCUUCUUGGCGACUUCAUUUACCAAGGGAUUCAAAGAUGUUUCUUCCCUUACGAUUAUCAGAUUGUUCAGGAAAUUCACAGGCAUGAGCCUGAUGACAACACUAGGGCAGGAUUACUGGAGGUUGCGAGCCAGCUCACACCACAGGAAGAAAGGAGCUAUGCCAUAUCACAAUUACCACGAGAAAUAUCAAAACACACUGGCUUUGCUUUUGAUUCACCUGGAUACGAGUCAUUUUUUGCUGCACAGCUAGGUGUGUAUGCUCCGCAGAAGGCGUGGGAUGUAGCUCGGAGAGCCAGCAUGAAGUCGAAACCAAAGAUGCCCAAAAGGAACUAAAUGAACAAAUAUUGUUGUUGUACAAAAUUUUAUUUUAGGUUCCAUCUUAGGGGUCAAUCUUAGUAAAAUCUGUAAAUUUAGAUCCGUCAUUUCUAUUUAGAGCCGUGCUAUGUUCUCAUCAUUUUUUUUUGGAUCUCCCUUAAAUACGUUCCUUGAGGAACUUCAUAGGUUUUUUCUGGUCACAACUAAUGUACAGCUGAUUGGUACAAAUUUAACUACAACGACAAUUUUGGCGGUGCGA